CAACAAAGGAUAACACCAUCCAGAUUUAUUCUGACCUAAGAAGUGAAGGAUAACAGCCAUCACUGGGUAGUCCAAUAUGCCAGCGUUCUUCUGGAAGGUUGCCUUUGAAUGUUAGGUCUCCUCCAUUUAUUUUACAACACGCACAAAUAAAAUGUCGGAACUCCACCCUACCUCUGGAUUAAUAUCAAAUAUGGAAAAUGGGACUUUUCUGGAGCUGUAUCCCACCUCUCUCUCGACAUCCAUGGAUUCAUCUUCCGGACACAUGUCUAAUGUCUAUGUCUAUGUUUCAAUAUUCCUCAGCCUCUUGGCAUUUCUUCUUUUGCUAUUAAUCAUUGCACUUCAGAGGCUGAAGAACAUAAUCUCUUCCAGUUCUUCCUACCCAGAAUACACCAGUGACGCUGGAAGUUCCUUCACUAACCUAGAAGUCUGUAGUAUUUCUUCCCAGCGGUCUGCUUUUUCGAAUCUUUCCUCCUGAAAAGGAAUGAAAGAGAAUACAUUGGGAAAUGGAAAAACUUUGUCUAACUCUUGGGGGGAAGUUAUGCAUGCAAUAUUUUCUUUGGAUAACUAAUAGUCAUAAAAGAGGUGACUUUUAAUUUUCACUUUGAUUUUCCUUUCCCUUUUUAGUCUGCAUUUCCCCUCUUUAUUAAUGAUAUUUUUCAACUCUGAGCAGUGAAAUUGAUGAUGGUCUCCUGCCCGAUCAUGGCCUCCUGCCUGUAAUAGUGUUGUAGCAUUCCCCCAACCCAUUUAAACUGGGUCUUUAAACUUAACAAUGGGAAGAUUCUGCUUCCUGGGCUUUGUCACCUAUGGUUUUAUUGACUCAAAGCUUCAGGACUUUAUCUUCUUCAGAAACACCAUGAUAUCAUACAGGAUAUCAUUAGAUCUCUGAAAGUUAUUUAUCUCACCAUUGAAAGAAUCUGUUGUGCCGUAGUUCUAGAAUUCAGAGCAACUUUAAGACAACAAAGUUUAAUUUAAUUUAACAAUUUAAUUCAAAAUUUUGUCGCUGAGGUCUCUUGUAUGUUUUCCUGUAUAAAGUCGCCGUGUUGUCUGAUGUGCUUGUUUUAUUUUAGCCAAAUGAUUAUAAUAAAUAUGUGGGCUCAUUCCAUUUCACACUAAAA